AUGUUUGGCAAACCCAAUAUGGAUGAGAUUGAGAAAUCCAGUAAGUCAAAAUUAAAGAAGACUGAAAUGCAAGAGAAAAACCCACUGCCUUCAAAAGAAACAACUGAACAGGAGAAGCAAGCCGGAAAAUCAUAAUGAGGCAGGCGUCGCCAAUAUGCACACUGUACAUUCCACAAGCAUUGCCUUCUUAUUUUACUUCUUCUAGCUGUUUAACUUUGUAAGAUGCAAAGAGGUUAGAUCAAGUUUAAAUGACUGUGCUGACCCUUUUCAUAUCCAAGAACUACUGACAAUGAUAGCCAAGCCUACC